UUUUUCUCAGAAUUCUGACUUUAAUCUCAGAAUUCUGACUUUUUUCUCAGAAUUCUGACUUUAAUCUCAGAAUUUUGAGGUGGGCACCUGCAGGCAUCCAUCUUCAGUGACAGGGAUGUGUCCAGGUGUGCAGGUGGAGACCUAAUUCACUAAACAUGGUGGAUAUAAGUGAUUUUUUGCGUGGCCGAGGGGUCCCCGAAGAUGCUGUUUUAUUAAUGGAAGAGCAGAAGAUUGACUGUGACGUCAUAGCACUGAUGGAUGACGCAACUUUGGCAAACUACAUUCCCUCAUACGGAGACCGAAUUGCCCUCUUCAAUUUCUGCAAAAGCAAGCAACCACUGUCAAAAAGAAAACUAGGACUUCUGCAAAAACUUCACCUCUCGAAGUGAGAGAAACAGUCGCUGACAUGUCAGAUUUGGAUGACUUUAUAAGACUGUAUUUCAGACUUUCCUUCAGUAACAAAGAAAUACUUUCAAUUUUAGCACAUAGUCAUCAGACAAUUAUAAGUGUUCGAACUCUAAAGAGAAUUUGUAAAAGACUUGGGCUCUUUAGAAGGAAGAAUCAAUCAAACUUGGAGGAAGUGCUAGCCUUUGUCCAACAAGAGAUCAUGACAAAUGGACAGAUGCAAGGUUAUCGUUGGCUACAUCUUCGUGCAAUUCAACAUGGAUUUGUGGUGUCACAAGAUACUGUAAGAUGCAUAAUCAAAUUGGUAGACCCUCAAGGUGUGGAACUGAGACGAGCUCGACGGUUGAGAAGACGUCAGUACAGCUGCAGAGGGCCAAAUGCUCUCUGGCACAUGGAUGGCUAUGACAAGUUGAAACCAUAUGGUAUUGCUAUCAGUGGCUGCAUAGAUGGUUUUAGCCGCUAUGUUGUAUGGAUGGAGGCUUAUACCACAAACAAUGACCCUAAAUUGAUUGCAAGUUAUUUUCUGAAAACAGUUUCAUGCAUCAAUGGAUGUCCAGAGAGGUUACGUGCUGACCGAGGUACAGAAAAUGGUUGUGUCGAACAAAUGCAGAUGUUUUUACGGAGAAACCACACAGACAGUUUUGCAGGUGAGAAAAGUUUCCUUUACGGAAGAAGUACAGCCAACCAACGUAUAGAAGGAUGGUGGGCUACCCUACGCAAACAGAGUGCACAAUUUUGGAUGAACUUAUUUCAAAGUUUUCAGGAUGAUGGCCACUUCACAGGGGAUUUUUUGGACAAAAGUCUUAUCCAGUUCUGCUUUCUCAAUCUUAUUCAGGAUGAACUUGAUGAAGUUGUGAACACAUGGAACUCGCACAAAAUCCGGCCAAGUGGUAGUGCAGCAUCGGGUCGACCAGUAGUAAUGUACUCAUUUCCAGAGCUGCACAGUGCUGAGGACAGACUGAAACCUAUUUCUAUGGAGGAUAUCACUUUGUGUAUGGAAGAGUGUAGCCCAAAAGGUCAAUACCCCUGUGAUGAAACAGUCUUUGAACUGUGUUGUCUGCUUAUGGUAGAAAAUGAAUGGGAUGCCCCAGGAGAUCCACUUGGUGCUGCAGAUCUGUAUAUUAGGUUAAGAGAAGAAAUACUGCAAAGUAUUUAAGAAACUUCAGUGUGUAAAUGUACAAAUAAAUACAAAAUAUUUCUCUUUAUCUUGAUAACGUGAUUUGAUAGUAGGUGCCAUGUCUUACAGGUACCUUUUAUGCAAGUAUUUCAGCACUGCAUUAAAUGAAAGACAUCUUUUAGGUGUGACCGAACAUGCCAUUUUUCAGGUCAUUCUGUCAGAAUAUUGCUGUUUAUUACUGCUGUAAUGUAAA